CGCGGCGGCGGCGGCGGGGCCUGCGGGGCCUGCGGGGCGGGCGGCCGGGCCCGGCCAGGCCGCGAUGGCGACCAAGAAGGCGGGCUCGCGGCUGGAGACGGAGAUCGAGCGCUGCCGCUCCGAGUGCCAGUGGGAGCGGAUCCCCGAGCUCGUCAAGCAGCUGUCGGCCAAGCUCAUCGCCAACGAUGACAUGGCAGAACUUCUUCUCGGGGAAUCAAAGCUGGAGCAGUACCUGAAGGAACACCCGCUGAGGCAGGGGGCCAGUCCCCGGGGCCCCAAGCCCCAGCUGACUGAGGUCCGCAAGCAUCUGACCGCCGCCCUGGACCGAGGGAACCUUAAGUCAGAAUUCCUACAAGAAUCCAAUUUGAUCAUGGCCAAGUUGAAUUAUGUGGAAGGUGAUUAUAAAGAAGCUCUGAACAUUUAUGCCCGGGUGGGCCUGGACGACCUGCCGCUGACAGCUGCCCCCCCCUACAGGCUGCGGGUGAUCGCAGAAGCCUACGCUACCAAAGGACUUUGUUUGGAGAAGCUGCCUAUUUCUUCUUCUACCAGUAAUCUCCAUGUGGACCGGGAACAGGAUGUCAUCACCUGUUAUGAGAAAGCAGGGGACAUCGCACUCCUGUAUCUCCAAGAGAUAGAAAGGGUAAUACUUACUAAUAUUCAAAACAGAAGCCCUAAGCCUGGCCCUGCUCCCCACGAUCAAGAACUAGGUUUUUUCCUAGAAACAGGACUUCAGAGAGCCCAUGUCCUCUAUUUCAAAAAUGGGAUAGAUGUGCAUGAAGACCAACAGAACUUGACAAGAGGAGUUGGAAGAUUUAGAGAGCUCCUCAGAGCAGUUGAGACAAGAACGACUCAAAACCUGCGAAUGACAAUAGCCAGGCAGCUGGCAGAGAUCCUGUUGCGGGGUAUGUGUGAGCAGAGCUACUGGAACCCUCUGGAGGAUCCACCAUGCCAGUCACCUCUAGACGAUCCUCUCCGCAAAGGAGCAAACACAAAAACCUACACUCUCACUCGGAGAGCCCGUGUCUACUCAGGAGAGAACAUUUUUUGUCCUCAAGAAAAUACUGAAGAAGCCCUGUUGUUAUUGCUGAUUAGUGAGUCAAUGGCCAACCGGGACGCUGUGCUGAGCAGGAUACCCGAACACAAGAGUGACCGCCUCAUCAGUCUGCAGAGCGCAUCUGUGGUCUAUGACUUACUGACCAUUGCUCUUGGAAGAAGAGGCCAGUAUGACAUGCUGUCCGAGUGCCUAGAAAGAGCCAUGAAGUUUGCCUUUGAGGAGUUCCACCUGUGGUACCAGUUUGCUCUGUCCCUGAUGGCUGCUGGAAAGUCUGCCCGUGCUGUGAAGGUGCUGAAAGAGUGUAUCCGCCUGAAGCCGGACGACGCCACCAUUCCCCUCCUGGCUGCCAAGCUCUGCAUGGGCUCCUUGCACUGGUUGGAAGAGGCUGAAAAGUUUGCCAAAACUGUCGUUGACGUGGGAGAGAAAACAUCAGAGUUCAAGGCCAAAGGCUACUUAGCUCUGGGGCUCACGUACAGUCUGCAGGCCACUGAUGCUUCUUUGCGAGGGAUGCAGGAGGUCCUACAGAGAAAGGCGCUUCUUGCAUUUCAGAGGGCCCACAGCCUGUCACCCACAGACCACCAAGCAGCUUUCUACCUGGCUCUGCAGCUUGCCAUCUCCAGACAGAUUCCAGAGGCUCUGGGGUAUGUCCGCCAAGCUCUUCAGCUUCAAGGUGACGAUGCCAACUCCCUGCACCUCCUUGCCCUCUUGCUGUCAGCACAGAAGCAUUACCAUGAUGCUCUGAACAUCAUCGACAUGGCCCUGAGCGAAUACCCAGAAAAUUUCAUACUACUGUUUUCCAAAGUGAAGUUGGAGUCGCUCUGCCGGGGCCCAGACGAGGCGCUCCUGACUUGUAAGCACAUGCUGCAGAUAUGGAAAUCCUGCUACAACCUCACCAACCCCAGUGAUUCUGGACGUGGGAGCAGCCUCUUAGAUAGAACCAUUGCUGACAGACGACAGCUUAAUACAAUUACUUUGCCAGACUUCAGCGAUCCCGAGACAGGCAACCCUCCAGAAGCAUACUUUCAUGGUUUUCCUUCCCUUUUUUCAGUUAGCUCGGUCCAUGCCACAUCGGUAGCAGCCUCAAGAGUGGAGCAGGCACUGUCAGAAGUGGCUUCGUCUCUGCAGAGCAGCGCCCCUAAGCAGGGCCCGCUACACCCCUGGAUGACACUGGCACAGAUCUGGCUCCACGCAGGUAUCACUCUGCCCCUGCCCACCACCCACUGCUGUGCCAGAGCCUGGGCGCUUGCCUGUUUAGCCCACGCCUCUCAUCAGGAGAGAUCAAAGCUUCGGCAGUCAUGCAGCGAAAUGUUAUUACUUCUUUGCCAGAACCACGAGUGACUCUGAAUCCCCUGA